AUGCUGACCGCGCCUUCAGAUGAAUCACCAGAAACUCGCCAUACCAACCCAAUCAAGAGCAUCCACUCAACCGUGAAAGAGGAGUACUUGGGAGCCUUCAGGACCAAGUCCUUCACGGACAUGUGUAUCCAAAUCCAAAAGCACCUCAACACCACCAAUUCCAACGGGAAACUAAAAAACCAAGACUACACACACCUUCUGGAACCCAAGCAAGAAGUCCUAUCCUCCAUCAUCCACCGCACCACCCACCUCCCCUCCCUCCUCCUCGACUACUUCGACGCCAGCCUCCACGCCUGCAACUUCUGCGGCUCCCUCAUCGAAUCCAUCCAUCAAGCCCGCGCCGACCACCGCAUCCUCCGAGGAGUCCUUGACCUCGCCACCGCCGGCCACCGCACCGAGGACCAGCACCACUCCAUGGCAUCCAACCUCGUGCUCUUCUCCAGGCUCGACAACCCCUUCUCGGGACCCAAUCCUACUAAAUUCCAAAGAAUCCACGAAGCAUAUGGCCUGAUGGCGAGGCAGCUGGUGUCGGCCCACGGGAAGGUCGUGCAGCGUCCGAGGUGUAUGAACUUGCCAUGCGGUGUCAUCGCCAUGGUGGAGAAUUUUGUGGGAGAGGAUGGAUCGGUGGCUCGGAAGGGAGCUCAGCUCGACGCAGCGGCGCGACUGGCGUUCGCACUCGACUGGGACUUCGACACCAUGAGCAGGAUGGUGAGGAGGCUGCAUGAUGAGGUGGAGCAUGGGAGGGAUGUGAUCAGGUUGUUCAUGGAGGAUGGAGACAUGGAAGGAGGAUGGAUGGUGCUAAGAGAGGUGGUGAGGGAGCUGCAGGUCAGUGAGCGUUGCUUUAUGAAUCAGUUGGUAGAGUUGGAGGAGCAUGUCUGCUUGUGCUUCCUUAACAUUAAUAGGGCGAGGAGGAUGGUGUUGGAGGAGAUGGUUGUUCACCAAUGA